AUGGCUGCCGGUGGGUUUGUUCGAAUAAUUUUGAUGCAGGGCGAGAGGACGCUUGAACUUUGUGUGUGUGUGUGCUGCGAAAGUAAUAUGUAUAAUUUAGCGAUAAGUAAGAUUGCGAGGGAUGAUACGUACCUCGAACGAGCAUCAGCGACUAAGACGGACCCUUGCGGGGGGGGGGGGGGGGGGAAGCAACGGGAUACAGAGGAGUUUGGGCGCUGGGAUGCGGGUGUGGAGGGCCACACCAAGGGGAAGCUUUCGGUUUGGUUCAAGAACCGCAGAGCCAAAUGGAGAAAGAGAGAAAGGAACCAGCAAGCCGAGCUUUGCAAAAACGGCUUCGGUCCACAGUUUAACGGCCUGAUGCAGCCCUACGAUGACAUGUACCCCGGCUACUCGUACAACAACUGGGCGGCCAAGGGCCUGACCUCCGCCUCCCUCUCCACCAAAAGCUUUCCUUUCUUCAACUCCAUGAAUGUCAACCCUCUGUCUUCUCAGAGCAUGUUCUCCCCUCCAAACUCCAUCUCCUCCAUGAGUAUGUCUUCAAGCAUGGUACCCUCUGCAGUCACCGGGGUCCCCGGCUCCAGCCUCAACAGCCUGAAUAACUUGAACAACUUGAGCAAUCCCUCCCUGAAUUCUGCAGUGCCAACGCCAGCUUGUCCUUAUGCUCCUCCGACACCUCCGUACGUUUAUAGGGACACAUGUAACUCGAGCUUGGCGAGUCUGAGACUUAAAGCCAAGCAGCACUCCAGUUUUGGCUAUGCCAGUGUGCAGAACCCCGCUUCCAACCUGAGCGCUUGCCAGUACGCGGUGGACAGACCCGUGUGA